CAUAUAAUUUAUUGUCAUAUUUUUAUUAGAAAAUAUAUAAUAAACCGCAGUCGUUUGCCGGAGAUCACCGCAUACAUGGCGCAGGAGAUCUAUUACGGUUCAACGAUUGCAGGUGAAAAUGACAAAAAUGAGCGAAUUUACUAGACAUCGACCAAUCACAUAAUAUACGUAUAUUCCAGUGAAUUCGCUCACUUUUGUCAUUUUCAUCCCGGUCGUAGAACCGUAAUAGGCCCCCAGAGCCGUAACUGAAAAAUACGAAAUAUCAGUAAAAUUCAUAUCGAUAUUUCGAUAUUAUCGAUUUAUCGUUGCAUUCCUACUCGUGCUCCCGAAUAACCCUCGCAAGAUAGGUUCUCUCAAUGGACGUCGGACGUGUCGACUCGAAAUGUGUCAGAAACAUGCUGAGACCGUCCUGCGAACGAGUCCUGCGAACGAGUCCUGCGUACGCUCGUAUCAAUCGGCACUCGAUCGUUCGAAGGAGGCGCUCCGCGAACGCGCCUCGAGCACUCUCGAGGAAAUGCUCAAAGUCCGCGCGUCGACGCCGCUGAGGCGGCUGUGUAAAUCAGGAUUCAUGGGAAAACGAAAAAAGCGAGGGGACAAAAAAAGACGGACGUCAUCUCACACGACAUUCACUCGCUCACGUGUCGCGCGGAAUCGUCGAUCAAAUAUACAGUGAAAAACAAGCGAAAGGUCGUGCCGGUGAUGAAGCGAGAAUUCAAUUGCAAUCAAGACGAAUUAUCAAGCGAGUCGAACACACACGCAUGUCUCUCUCUCUCUCUCUCUCUCUCUCUCUGUAACAUCUGAACCUUCUUAAAAGUGUACAAAAAUUGCGGUCGCAACGUUCUUGACACAUUUUUCAGUUAAUAUCAACAAGUUCAUAUUUUUGUCGCAGUCGAUUUUUCACAGGCAAAUCGCAGUCUAGUGGAAAGAACUGAAAACUCUUGGUUAAUUAAUUUCGAGGAAUUAUCUACUGUCGAGAAGUUCUCGCGUAUUAGGUGAGUGCAAAGGUGGACGACGGGUGGAAAAAUGUGGUGAAAAAAUGAAUUGAACAAUCUUAUCGCCAACGAUAUACUCGCUUCACCGAGUAAUCGUUAUUGCUUGCCACUGUACUUUUGGUUUAUAUUAUAUUUUUUUAUUUGGCGUCUUGCAGAGAGACUCACUCACUCACUCAGAACUUUUGCACUCACCCAAUAUAUAUUUCGUCUCGUUGCUGAGGCGUGUCGGCAGUCGAUGCACCGUGUUUUAGACAGAAGCAGAGUUCAAACGUGGAUCGCCAAACACUUUUGUAGCUGCUACUGUUGGGCAAGUCUUUGUCGCAGCUUGCUGCUUAAGUCUCCCGUUAGUUUCGGUCCGCUUCGCUGAUUUUCGCUAUUUCUUUUCUCUCAUUUAUUCGGCAAUAAUCGGCAGCCGCGGCCUCAGUAAAUUGCGUAACCGCGCGACAGCAACGUGUCUCAAGAGCGUUGCGACUGCGAUUAUAAUUCUUAUGUGUCGAAGAGCGUCCGGAUACUGGGAACGAAAAAACGUGUGUACUUGAUAAUUGUUUAAUCAUUUUUAUUCUACAAUUGAAUCCUCUCUUCGUCACUGGCGAACUUUCACUUAUUCUCCAACAGAGAAUCCGUGAGUUGGUUGCUAGAGUUCUUCAGGUACACCCUGUAUAUUUGCCUGCACAGGUCCUGAGAGUCUAUACAUGUAUAAUCUAUUGUACGGAAUCCUCGAUACCCGCGAUUGACCUUUGCCCCGUAUUUAUUCCGGCGAGUAUUGUCUCGGCGCGUAGCGUGUGUUUGACGCGUCGAAUGACUCGUCAUCGUCGCACGCGGCGCGUUUACGUGACAGCUCCCAUUGGAUCGAAUGAUGGACGGUAAUCGACAUUCCGCGACGCGACGCGCUCCAACACACUUCUGUCUCUAUGAUUUCAGCCCGGUUCCGUUUCGGAGAAACGCGUUAGGGAGAAGUGCAAUUAAUCAUCGACUGUUAUCGCGACCGUCGCGAGGAGUAACGAGCGCCUCGCGUUUGAGUUUGUGCGCAGCCUGCUGACCGAGAAAACGAAAAAUAAGAGAGAGAGAGAGAGAGAGAGCGAGAGUAGGAAGGACGGAGUAACCGCGUUAACCGGCGAUACGAUGUGAAAAGGUGCGGUCGAUGCAACUGCAACUGACCGAAGAGAUGUUGACGUUGAUCGGUGGUCUGCUCGUCGCCUAUUUCGUCUACGUUCUGUUCGCAAGAAAAAAUGGCAAGCAGUCCACGGACUCGCCAGCGAUGGCUCACGCGGCACUCCGGGAGAUCGUCGAACGUGCUGUCGAGGAAGCCCGCAAGUUACCAGACUUGGAAGCGGACAGCGAGCAGCCGCGAGAAGGACGAGCUGUCGCGGAUCACAGCUACGAGGACCUCCUCGCUACCGCGAUACUCAAUAAGGUGAUCGAGAGGUUGCAGCGAGAACGAGUGGACGGCAACAGCAACGUCCUGCACAUCGUGGACCCGUCCAAGACGAAACACGCUUCCCCCGACGGCGAGCGCGGCAUUGAGGAGGACGUGGCGAGCUACGGCGAAUGUAACGGCGAUCGUGGCGCGCCGAUCAGGCAGAAUGGAGAUCAUCGGCAACCGAUGUCCUUCACGAUGGAAGAGCGAAUAGAGGAGGUGACUACGAUCACGUCGGACAACGAAGCCAUCGACAACGACGCCUUGGAGUACGGAUGCACCCGGCGCGUGCCGUUCCCGGAGUUCGGCAUAGACAUCGUUGACCCCCCGCGAGAAUUGCCGUCGCCGUCGUCGUCGUCGUCGGGCUCGGGUCGCAACGAGAGCUCGGGAAUGACCACGAAAUAUCGCGUCACGGACCACACGAUGGAUCUGGUCUCGCCCAUCGAGUCCUGGCAGGACAACUGGCUGUUCCAGAAGAAAAGGAGCGCUCGGUCGCAGCCGGACGCGGUCGCCAUGUUGGUGCCGAGCUCCAACACGUGCUACAAGGCUCUGAUCGGCGACAGGGACGCCGAGGACACGUCCGACCUGUCCGAAUGCUCGUCCACCAGGUCCGACGAGGAGAUCGAGAAAGAGGUGAUGGAGGCGAUCAACAACGUGGUGCCGAGGAGCCCCAGGACCUCCGAGUGCGAAAGCAAUCAGCAAGUGCCAAACGAUACGACGCGGCUGGGCGAAGACGAGGUUGACCAAGCCUGUCAAACGAGAAGGAAAAUCGAGGAGAUCGCGGUAGAGAAAGUAGCCGAGGACGAGGAUGAUAAGAAGGGUGAGCCGGGUGAAAGUUCCCCGCUGCCGAUUACGGGGACGAAAGGGGAAGAGAGUAUGGCCAAAGAGAGGCAGCCCAAGGACACGGUCGAGCGCGGCGAAAGGACAAUUGCGACCGCGCUGGAAAGUCCCGCGCAAAAGGACGCAAAAGUGCCGGCUGAAAAAUCGAGCGAAAGGAUCGACCGGGGAAACGUCGCCGACGAAGGCGAAGAGCAACGAGAGAGCGAGUACACCGAGCACUACGACACAGCGAUUCAGAGGCACUUGGACAGCCUGACGAAGGUCGACUUGUGCGCCGGAGAGAGCGAGCCUGCCGUCGAAACGGGACAAUUCGCGGCCGAGCAGCCCGGAAAAUUGGAGGACAGCCCGGUCGAGGAAGAAAAGAGCGAGCGCUCGGAAGCCAGAGUCCAAUUAACUUAUGCAACGAGCAAGGGUCACGUUGACACGGCCGCUGAGAAGGAUCGAUUAAGCGCCCCACCGCGCCCAGGCACGAUAGCGGAACGCGAACACAAGAAAUGGGAGAACGCGCCGCCGAUCGAGAACAACCCCUACAGCGAGGAGAGCAUCCGGAAGCGCUCCUGGGAGAGGCGGUAUUCGCGCAAAUCCGCGGAUGUCUCCGGAGUUCAAUACGAGAUAAAGGAGCUGAACGCAGUGGACCUGGACGCGCUGAUGACGCCUGAUUCACCGGACAUCAAACGGUUCGGCAGGGACUACUACAUCAACCAGUCGAAGACAGCCAAGGGCGAGCGGCCGGAGCGGGCGAGGUCGGCGAUGUCCUCGUCGAGCAGACCGAGCAGCUCGCUGUCCCAGCGGUCGAGCUGCGCCGGCGAUGAGCAGCGCGAACGACAGGGUGAAGUCACGUCCGCGGAGAGCGACAGUGCGCCGCGGGAGGACAAGGAGGACCCGAGGGCGACGUCCACGUGGCGGAGGAACAACGCCGAGAUAAUGAGCCUCGAGACGAACAAUCGCGGCCCCGUCGACGGGGGGGAGCGGCGGGCGGACGACAUCCUGGAGGAUCAGCGGAAGAACAGCAAGAACGAGAUCAACGCGAAGCUGAACAAGCAGGAGCUCAACUCGCUCGAGACGGAACGGCAGGACGAGAGGAAGCGGCAGGUCCGCAGGAUCGAUCUGAAGGCGUACGGCUUCGAGAACGAGUUCUUCUCGGAGGUGCGGAAGAGCGCGCGACCGCAGCAACAGCGAGUGGUCAACAGGCUGGACCUGAGAUCCUUCGGCUAUCAGGACGGCCUGCGUCGCGCUCGCUCCAACAACCAGCUGGACCAGCGGCAGCCGGCGGACAACGAGAAGUCGAACCUGACGAGGUGCGUGAUCGACCGCGAGAAGCGUCGCGCCGGCUACAAGGAGUUCCCCGCGGACGAGCGCGGCGACCUGACGAAGAGCUCGGGGGAGCUGAACCAGCUGCACGAGGACGACGCGCACGAGGACGCGAGGAAGGUCGGCUCGCUCGUAUCGGCCAAGUCGAUGCCGAACGUAACCGACGACGCGUACUAUUACGCGAACCCGGUGCGCAUGAACGACGGCGACAAGGACGCGGGGGACAAGCUGGCGGCGAAGAACUCGCUGAACCGCGUCAGCGACGAGCCGGACGAGACUGCGCUGGACGGGCGCGACGUGGACGAGAACGACGAGCUCAACGGCUACGACGAGGCUCCGUCUGACUUGGACAGGUCCUUCGAGGAUAUCUACGUCGACGAUAAGGAGCAGCUGCGGGGAGCCGAGGAGGAGCUGCCGAUGCCGUCCGUGAAGAGGCUCGCCGAAGCCUUCGGCGGCCGACAACCUCCCGCGCCGGCCGAGCCGGUGUCUGCGAAGGCCAGCAAAAUUUUGGUGACAAAGCAAGACGACGUCAAGGACAGGUCCUUCACCCCCGAGGUGCAGAUAGUCGAAACGCCCAAGCAGAUGCACAGUCUGACAGCCAGGUCGCUGUCGAAGGAGUUCCGGGAAGGCCUGCGCCAAAUGCCCAGCAGGGUCACCUCGCAGCCCGUCAGCCGCUCCUUGGUCGAGGAUCGACCGGCGAAUCGCACGGAGGUCGUGCGAUCGAAACGCGAGGACAGCGACAUCGCCGUGAUCUCGCCCGGCAAGCUCAAGUCGAACAUUAUAUUUUGGGAGCAGAUGCAAAAGAGAAAUUGAAUCGCGCGCGCGCGCGUCUACCCGAUAAUUCUGCCGUAUGCGCGAGAGAGACGGGUAGAAAUAUGCAAGUUCAAGACGCGGCUUUACGCUCGGUAAAGCUGCGACGUUUGAAGCGAGGUUGAUUUUGUACAUACCGGAGAGAAGUUAUUCCGAACGAGACGCAUAAGACGAGAGAAACUCGAGCGCGCGAGUCGACUCGCCUUCAAAUUCUCCAGAUGGAUAGUAUCGCAGGAGGGAGGGAAUUGUAUAUGUAGGGUAAUUGUAAAUAUAUCGUAAUUGUCGCAGUGUCUGUGAGCCAAACGAUUAUUGAAAUGCAUGGAGCUAAAGCGUAAAAAAAAAGGGGGCAGGAAAUACGGUAACGACGUGACACGACGACGUCAGAUCAAGAUCGAAAAAGCUGCGUUUCCGAGAGAGGAGAAAGGGAGCGGCAGGAUGUGUCUUAUAAAUACCCGUAUCGUAUCUCUAGCAUGUUUGACACAAUUAUUUACGUAAGACUUGUAUUUCCAAACGAUGUGCAAAUACACGGCCUCGCGCGACAUCCAAUCGCGAAUUGCGUCACUGCGAGUUGCAAGGACACCGAGAGGACGUCUAACGCUGCCGGGAGAAUGUCCCACGGCCGAGUGUCGCAUAUUUACUCGUGAUUUGCUGUCGCGCACAGCGCGUACUAAAUAGA